AUGGCUUCCACGUAUGCACACCUACCCCGCUUAGCCUCGAAGCCACUAGAAUGCGGGCUGGAAGGCCACGCCCUUCUCCAAGAUUCCUACUUCAACAAAGGAUCAGCCUUUCCCUCGCAAGAACGCCAUGACUUUUGUUUGUACGGUUUAUUACCGCCCAACAUCCAGACCCUGGAUGAACAGGUGAAACGCGCCUAUCAGCAGUACUCGAGCCAGCCCGAUGAUUUGGCCAAGAAUACCUUUCUGGCGAGCAUGAAGGCGCAGAAUGAGGUCUUGUAUUAUCGGCUCAUUCAAGAUCAUCUCAAGGAAAUGUUCAGCAUAAUAUAUACACCGACUGAAGGCGACGCAAUUCAGAACUAUUCGAGAAUCUUUCGGAAACCAGAGGGCUGUUUUUUGAACAUCCAUGACGUUAACCGGAUUGAGCAUGACUUGAAACAGUUUACGGAUAAUGGGACCAAUGAAGAUGUGGAUUAUAUUGUGGUGACUGACGGAGAGGAGAUUCUAGGAAUUGGCGAUCAAGGCGUGGGAUCGGUUUUGAUAUCCGUCGCGAAACUUGUCUUGACCACUCUGUGCGCGGGUAUUCAUCCGGCGAGACAACUUCCGGUGGUCCUUGACUGUGGGACAGAUAAUGAAGAUCUUCUCAAAGACGAGCUAUAUCUCGGCCUUCGCCAUAGCCGAGUCAGAGGAGAGGAAUACGACAACUUUGUUGACAAAUUCGUCACGAGUGCAAGGAAGAUUUUCCCUAAUGCAUAUAUCCAUUUUGAAGAUUUUGGCCUGAAGAACGCCAGACGAAUCCUAGAAAAGUACCGCCCCGAAAUUGCCUGUUUCAAUGACGAUGUCCAAGGAACAGGCUGUGUGACACUUGCAGCCCUGAUGGCUGGCUUGCACGUUAGCAAAGUCAGUCUUGGCGAUGUCCGCAUUGUCAUUUUCGGGUCUGGUACUGCAGGUACCGGUAUAGCUGAUCAGAUUCGAGAUGCCAUUGCUACCGAGAGCGGCAAGUCGAAGGAGCAGGCUGCUAAGCAGAUAUGGUGCAUCGACAAACAAGGUCUCCUGUUCAAAUCACACGAGGACAAACUAACACCCGCACAAAUUCCCUACGCGCGUGAAGACUCUGAAUGGGAAGAUCACAGCCAGACUGACCUGUAUAAUGUGGUCAAACAAGUCCAACCGCACGUCUUGAUCGGUACAUCAACCAAGCCAAAGGCCUUCUCCGAAGAUGUUAUCAGAGAAAUGGCCAAACACGUUGAUCGCCCUAUUGUGUUUCCCUUGAGUAAUCCAACACGACUACACGAAGCGCAACCACGAGAUCUCAAUGAAUGGACGGACGGAAGGGCGCUGAUAGCAACUGGCAGUCCGUUUCCGCCUGUCGAGCACAACGGAGUAAAGAAAGAAAUCGCGGAAUGCAAUAAUUCCACCUGCUUCCCCGGAAUCGGUCUAGGCGCGGUGCUGAGUCAAAGCCGCCUUUUAUCAGACAAAAUGCUGGUCGCAGCGGUCAAGGCACUAGCAGCCCAAUCCCCCGCUCUCCAGGACCCCAACAAACCGCUUCUACCGGAUGUUGAAGAUGUGCGCGAAAUGAGCGUCCAUAUCGCCAAAGCCGUGAUUCAAACCGCUGUAGAGGAAGGUCUGGCUCGGGAAAAGGGCAUCCCCGAAGACGACAAGGAAUUGGAGCAAUGGAUUCGCGGGCAGAUGUGGGAUCCUGUGUAUCGGCCAUUGGUGAAGCCUCGGUCGAACUAG